UUUGCAGCUUUUCUUUAGCCAUGUGGGGGUGUCGGUACUGUUGGUCUAUACGUUCUAGAGUUGUGUUGACGUAAACUAUUUAUUGUACAGAAAUGGCGGCGAAUGAAAAAGAUGAAGCUUUGGGCAGAAUUCAGAAAGCCGUGGAAGAUCUCUACGCCUUCAGGGAUCACUUCUUUGAGAAGAACAGCAUCGACCGAGCGAUUCACAAGACAGAGGAACUAGGUCAAGAGCUCAAGAAGGUCAUUGAACUCUUGGAUGAGUUACAAAGCCAAAUAAAGAAUCGCUCGGAGUACAUGCUCCAGCGCGGCAAGGCUCUUAACGUCCUGCCAGAUUUCAGCCCAGAAUCCCUGGAAUGUCUCUCCAAAGCUGUCAAGUUGGAUCCCAGGUCAGUCGAGGCGUGGAACCAACUAGGGGAAUGCUACUGGAAGAAUAAAGACGUUGAGGCCGCACGGAAUUGCUUCACUGGUGCACUGAACCAUUCAAGAAACAAGGUAUCGUUGAGGAAUCUCUCCAUGGUGAUGAGACAGCUUGGUAAGAGCCAGGAGGAAAGGUCAAAGUUCAUCCAAGACAGCGUGGAUCAUGCUAAGGAGGCGGUUCAGAUGGACUAUUCAGAUGGGACCUCAUGGUUCAUUGCUGGCAAUGCAUAUCUGACAGUGUUCUUCAACGGCGGUCAAAAGUCUAGUAUCCUGAAGCAGUGUCUGGGAGCUUACUCACAAGCGGAAAAAGAUACGAUACAAAAAUCCAAUCCAGAUUUGUACUUCAACAGAGCAACGAUAUUUAAAUUCCAAGAGGACUACCAGGCGUCCUUGGACGGUUACCGAAUGGCUCAGUCGUUAGACCCAACCUGGCCUGAGCCAAAAGAGAAACUAUCGGAACUCGUCACCUACCUACAGAAUGUCACACAGUUAGUCCAACAAAAGGGUAAGCUAAAAGCUAAGCGUCUGCAGCAACUGCUAGCAUCAAUCAAGGAGACUGACUUGGGUCCCUACGGUGGGGGUUCCUAUACCCCACCCAAGGGAGAUCCAGUCAAGCUUGAGCUCAUGCCUCUCUCUAGACUAGCAGCGGGACCCAACCCAGAGAAAGUGGUCCAUGGUAAAGUGGUGUGCAGCGUCGCAACGGACGAACCAAUACCAUUCACCUUUGCGAUGGUGGAUGCCGAGGGAUCGUGUUUUGCCGUCAAUAUCUACAACAUAGCUAAAGGUCAAGGGGUCAUCAUCGGAGAUUCUGUGGCCGUCCCUGAACCAUUUGUGCAGCAUAACGACUUUGUGUUUGAUAAAACGAACGUCAAGUUUUCCAGCAUCAGAGUUGAUACACCUGUGGCACUGGUUGUCAACGGCAAGAAGCUUGGACUGGAGAAGCAAGCACCUGCAGUGGUCUCAUUAUAUGCCAAGAGCGAAUGAGCCAAUCAAAUGUCUUGAAAAGGACUGUUCAAGAUUCAGCUAUAAGCCCCUCCCACCUUUUGGUUUGUGUACAUUUCUCACAGUGUUUGUGACCAAUGGUCGAGAUCUAAUUGGUCAAUGUCCAAUUGGUCAAUGUCCACUGUGUGACUGACAGGCACGAAGGGUCCAUUAAAGGCUUUGCACAGGAACUACAGAGGGCGUUGUAUAGCAUUACAACGCAGGCAAGGGAAAGGCACUUAAUUUCCUUGGUAUACAGCACUGAUCUCUAUAUAAAGACUGGAUAGCAGAUGCCCAUAUAUCAAUCACAUGGUUGAUUUUGCAUUUUGACCAGGUCGCCCCGGUCUUGCGUAAAAAAGCCGCCAAUAAUAAACACAUUUUUAUGUGUAGAUUUAAUGGGCAUUUUGUUCACAUACACGUAUUAUGAUGUUCUAAAAAGGACAAAUUUCCAUCGUGAUUAUAAUUCCAAAUGUCGCAACUAGUGAACUGUGGCAUUCAGAAAGUAAACCACGACGUUUGAAAAAUUGUGAACGUGGUCAUGGGUGGUGAACAAAAGGUCAUUGGUGGUGAACAAGAGGUAAACCAGGUGAGCCACGAUGUUGCAAAAGUGAAUCACAACUGCCUAUACAGACGGCAACUUGUCCUUUAUAGAUCACCAACCAGUCUUUCCAAUAUGGCGUCAAACGGAUGUCUUCUGUGGCUUUCUGUACAUUAUCAAGUAGGCUAUCAUGUGGAAGUUGGGGCUGUUCCGGUCUUUCAUUCUCAGUUUUAUCAUUGGUUUUGUUUUUUUAAUGUGUUAUGGCAUUCAAACUGACUUCCAGUUUGGCAACCAAAAAAAGAACUUUGCAUUUUUGGCCAGUACGAGUAGUAGAACGGCCAACUAAAAUGACAACCCUAUCUCUUUUGUACCCAACUGAAGCCCUCCAUUGCUGAGGUAUUUUGACUAUUUCAUUUCCAUUGUUAGGUAAAUUUGUAAUACAAAGGCAUAUAAAUAACCAACGUGGACAAAAUAGACCAGCACCACAUACAGAAAGGCAACAUAAUAGGACUGCAAUGUAUUUACAUUUUGAAAGCAAAGAAGCUACAUGUAUGUGCAAGUUCAUUGUUGCAUUUUUGUGUAAAAAUUGUUCAGAGAGUGUACAUAGUUUUUAUAAGCAAUAUGUAUAACACUGUUUGAUGUGAAGCUGUGAUAGCGGAAUAAACUUUGCUCAAGUUUUAAAAAGGUUUUAUUUUUACAGUUUUUGCAGUUCUAGUUUACUGAAGACAAGGGCCAACACAAUAGUACACACACAUAAUUUACAAUUAGUCCCUGUAACUUUCUCAAGACAAAAUAAAAACACUAUUUAAGAUUGAAAUUGUAACUUAUCUCAAGAAUCUGUUGAAGAAUUUAUAAUCAUAAUUGUGAGAGUUUCCAAA